UCUAGCUUGCUACUCUCACUUCCUCCAUUAGCCUAAAACUUGAUUCCGAGUUUCCAACCUCCUGUGUGGCUGUGUUCAGCAUCCCGGUAGCACUCUGUGAAGAAUUCAAUUCAGAGCACGCCGCGAUGACGCAAAAGAUUGUGAUCAAGGUGGAUAUGACGUCCGACAGGUGCCGGUCCAAGGCCAUGGCGCUGGUGGCGGCGACGUCAGGGGUGGACUCGGUGGCGCUGGCCGGGGACGGCAGGGACCAGGUGGUGGUGGUCGGCGACGGCAUCGAUUCCGUCAGGCUAACCACCGCGCUGCGCAAGAAGGUCGGCCACGCGCAGCUCGUGCAGGUCGGCGAUGCCAAGAAGGAGGAGCAGAAGCCCGCGGCGGCCGUCGUCGAGUACACGUACCCAUGGAACUACUACCAGUACCCUUCGCACGCGGUGCCGGUUUACGAGCACCCCGCCGGCGCCUAUGGUUACCAGCAGUACCACUCCAGGCCGAGCACCUGCUCCAUAAUGUAGAUUCAGCUGACGGAUUUUUGUAGGCGGUAGGUACACGAAAGGUUUGCAGGCAAUCGCAAACAUAUGUAUAUAGUUCUUGGGUAUUCUUUCUGUUCUUCAAUCGGGAUUUAGCUUUAGUUGUGUUGAUUGUUCCCAAAAGCUUUCUGGUUAUUAGUUAAUUGUUGGAUUCAU